AAUAUAAGAAAGUUGCCACAACAAUUUAAGUGUGGGUAAAUAUGCCAAAAUCGUGUGAGGCAAUCACUCAUUGCACAGGGGGCGAGGAAAGGUUCAACUGAGCAUCAGUUCGCGACCGUAUGAUGUUGCUUAUCAAGUACGAUCCCCCUUUGAGUGAAGUGCCGUUUGAGGAUGUGCAGUGACCCUCCACACGGACCGAGGAAAAGGAGUUGAAAGAAGCCCUUAUGUGAGUGCUAAGAAGCAUAAAUUGCUCUUGCUCUGUCACCGGUAGUAAGAAACAAAUCUCACUUGUACUAAAUACGACCACUCGGCAAGCAAAAUCAGAAAGAGAGAAGCCUCUCCUUGUCAGAAAGGUAGUGAUGUGCUUAAAGUAAAAAACCAAGUUUGCUAAAAGCUUCCCCCAUUUGUUUUUGAGACUCAUGCUUUGUUAAUUGCUUAUGAUUGGUGUGAGUAAGCCAGAUUGUCCUCACGAGAUAUGCACCUCACUGACGUGGUUAAAUUCUCCUAAUAACUAUUUCACCAUAAGUUGUUAAUCACUCACUACUGACGAUCAGAAUUGAGUGUUGCGAAUUGAGUUUUUGGUGGAUUUGAGUCAGUCAAUGGUAAAGGGUUGCAAGAACUUGAGUGGGGGGUGAAUGGUAUGAUCAUUAAAACACAACUCAUCCGUUGAAAAAGAAGAUACUGAUUAUCACAUGAGUACAAGGAUAAAUAUUUGGUGUUAAUGUUAUGUUCUGUGCGUCAUGGGUCUUGUGUUUUGAGCAAGGUUGUGACUCCCUGGUAUGUGUUGUAUUUCCUCCAAUUAUUGUUAUCUUGUCUGAGUCGUUGUUUAGGACAAACAAAUAUUGAGUGUGGGGUAGUGAUAAUUAUCGGAAAAACAUAUUGAUUUAAUGUACCUAAUGUGAUUAUUUCAUGAUAUGUUUGAGACAUAUAAUGCUUGUUUUGAGGCAAAUUAACUAUGGAAUGGUUGUCAGACCAUUAACUCCAUGUGUUAGUGUUGUGGUAUAUUUUAGGUGAAAAAGUAAGGAAUAAAGAAUGCACAAACAGAUGUCAAAUGCAAAACAAAUCAGGCUAAGGAAGGGGGUCGGAUACUAUGCUAACCCCUAAAGGGGUCUGUUUUUUGACACCCUCCUUUUGAUUUGUCUGUUUUACACUUAAUUAUUAGGCAAGUACUAAUGGCUGUCCCAAAUAUAUAUAAAAAAAGGCUUAACUGUCAUAUUAAUUAUGCAUGGGAAGGGGCAAUUUAGCUGGAUGGAGAUUGUGGCGUUUCUACUCCCAUUCCUCCCCAUUCCCGUGUUUUUCUAUUUCCCCCCUCCCUCCUCUGCUAUUUCUUUCCAUUGCCGUGGGGAACGAUAGGUCUGCUUCAUCACUACACGGCCGGCGGGAUCCAUCAGUUGCAAAGACGGAUGAUGACAUCGUCCAGUUGGAUGGCGGAGGUCCCAGUGUACACAAGUCUGCCGGCAAACGUUCCCUUGGAUUUGACCUCAACGUAGAGUAUACCAGCAACGACGACGAUCUCUUAAAACUUGGACAGUCCAGCUACGACUCUGAUCAACAUCCUCAUGAUCUGGACGAUCCGACCCUCGUGGAGCAAGCGCCUGAUAUCGUCGUUGCGAAUGUCGAUCCCGUUGGAGUCGUUGAGAGAGAUAAAUUCAAGGUAACUUAUAUUGGUUAUAUUCUGGAUUAUUUUUUUAUCACAGUAGAGUGGUACAUGUACAAAUGGAGUGGUACACCUACCAGUGGAGUGAUAGAUCUACCAGUAGAAUGAUAGAUGUACCAGUGCCGAAUUUUAAGUUUGUUCCAUGAAUUUUUUAUUCUCUGACACGUAAUUAUGGUUUAAGAGAGAGAUACACAUUCUAAUCUACCACUACACUGCCACAUGUUCCGACCUACCACUAAACUGAUACCUGUUGUGAUGUACCACAGUACUGAUACGCGUAUAUAAUUGGUUUCAAAUAACAAAAAUAUUAAAUAAGACAACAUAAUAGGCAAUUCCCAUUCAUAGGACCAAUAAUGGUGUUUCAAAUUG